GUACCGGAGGGAUGGUGAUGAGAUCGGGGUGUAAUCAUUAGUCCAAACAGUUGCAACUGAAACGACAGGUUCUAUUGGACAAAUUCAGGUCGGUCCCUCCCCAUUUAGUUUGCUUCUCUUUAGAAACGUUUGCAAUAGAAUACAUCUGUACAACAAAAACGUCACACCUGUCAGGUUGUUCACAGUGGACACGACUGAACAGCUCGAGCUUUAGAACCAUGUUUAGAUGGAGAAGGCUUGCCAGCCUGAUGUUAAUGCUGCUAUAUUUCAUCAUUGAUGUACUCUGUGCUUCCCAACCAAAAGUCCAGUCUGAGACUCAGCGGGUGAAUGGCAUCGUGGGACAGUCUUUCUCUUUUCCAGAGAGGGUGAUCAAGUCUGGCAAUUUACUUUACGGAGACCUUGGCAGUAUUGCAAAUGUGUACCCUGGUAAAGAAGGCAAAAUCACCCUUGAGAAGAGAUUUGAAAAUCGUAUCCACUUGAACAGUGUUACAAGAUACUUCACUCUGUCAGACCUUAAGAUAGACGAUGCUGGGGUUUAUACUGUGGAGAAUACAGAUGGAGGGGAAAAAAACAAAUUUGAGCUCACUGUAUACAAUGUUGUUUCCAAACCUCAGGUGACAGAAUGUGACAGCAGCUCCUGUUGUGUGGUGUGUUCUGUGGACAACGAAAAAGAGGUGACCUUGACCUUGUACAGGGGAGGGGACAUAUUAAACCAGACGAGCAGUCCUGAUCUCACCACCGAUCUAUCUCUCCGUUUGGAGGUAGAGGGAAAGAACUACAACUCCACUUACAGCUGUGUGGCUACUAACCCUAUCAGUAAUGAGACAGUUCCUGUCCCAAAAUGUUGCAGCAAAGAUGGUCAUCCUAAUGAUGCAGACGGUGAUGAGAGGGGUCGGGGUAUUCUUAUUAUUGCUGUAUUCUGCAUUUUGGUUGCCUUGGGGCUGGUUGGACUUGCAAUCUAUCUGAAGAAGAGGAGAAAUGGACAACCAAAAGAUUCAUCUCAAAAAGUGCAAGUGGACAUCGUGUAUGCAACGAUAACUCCUAAAAAACAAGCAGAUAAUCAGGAGGAGCGAACAGGUGUACCAGAACUGGAUUCACUUAGAGACAAACCAAAACUGACAUCAGUUUAUGAUACACUCCAAUCACAUCGCAUGGCUGCCAGCGGGGAUGUUGACACAGCAUGAAGGAGCGAAAUGGGAAGUCACUGAAAAACCGACAUGAUAAUUCACAUCCUGGAGAGGACGGCAUAUCAUGAAGAGGAUGUUGAAACAAACUGAAAGUAAAAAAAUAUUCGCCCAGAAAACCUUUUAGAGGCACAGUUGUUAUGGGAGAACCCCUGAAACUUUUGCGCUGAUGUUAUAAUUUCAGGCUUUCUUUGUAGGUCGUUCUCACAGACCUUCUGCCAAACAGGGGUCUUGAUGACAUCCACUGGUAUGGACCAAUUCAAUAACUACGCAUUGAGUUAGUAGCAGGAUCUGUAUAAUCCUUCUUUUCAAGUGCCUUUUGUCCCAAAUCCCAAUUUAUAGGUUAAAACAAAUGGAACCUGUCUUUUAAUCCAAUUCCCUAGUGUGUUUGCUAUGCUACUGCUGGGCCAAAGCUUAUUUUCAGUACUGACUGUUCUGUUGUUUAAAUGUAGGUCCCUCCCCUGUAUCUUUUUACAGCUGGUUAUUGUUUCGCUUGCCAGAGGAUAGCAGCUGUGUACGUAUUAUAAAAAGAGCAGGCGUUUGAGAUAAAGACACCUACUUCUUAGAAGCAAUGGCUGUUAGGCUGCUUUUGGAAAACAAAAGUUCCAUAGAUGUAUUUUUUCCUUUCACCAUUUAUGUUGUAUUGAAACAUUUUUGAGGGUAGAUUUGCCGUUUGAUCUUCAGCGACAUUUUCCUCUUCUUAGCGUUUUUCACAAGAUGGAGGUCUGGGCUAAAUUGUAACUCUUAAUUAGCUCAUUUUGUUUAUUAUGAUGGACCAUCUAUUGGUUAUCCUGAUCUAGGUGUUUUUUUAUGUUUUCAUUUAACCUUUAUUUAACUAGGCAAGUCAGUUAAGAACACAUUCUAAUUCACAAUGACGGCCUACCAAAAGGCAAAAGGCCUCCUGCGGGGACGGGGCCUGUGAUUAAAAA